AUGGCGUGCGAGAAUUGCAAGACAGGUUACAAGUGGGACGGUACCGCAAUCGGCAAGGAAACCACCCUUGACAACAUCAACACAUAUGUGACGGGCGACAACAAGGAGCGCGCUAUCCUCAUUAUCACCGAUGUCUUUGGCUGGACACUGCCCAACAUCCGUCUUCUAGCGGAUGCCUACGCAAAGGAAGCCAAGGCGACUGUCUACGUCCCUGAUCUAUUCGAUGGCGAAGUAGUCGACCCAGACGCCAUGUCCGACCCGGAAAAAGCGAAGAAAUUCGACGUCAUGGAGUUCCUCGGCCGCCACAACAAAGACGUUCGCUGGCCGCAAAUCAAACAACAUGCGCAGACGCUGAAAUCGCAGUACCCCAAGGUGGGCGCAAUGGGUUUCUGCUACGGCGGCUGGGCCUGUCUCAGACUGGCUGCGGACCCCAAGCUCAUUGACUGCGCAUCCACUGCGCAUCCCUCCAUGCUCGAGAAGUCUGAGGUUGAUGCCGUCAAGAUGCCCGUGCAAUUUUUGGCGCCCGAGAACGACUUUGCGUAUACGGAGGAGCUCAAGGCGUAUACACACGAGGCUAUGCCUAAGACGGGUGCGCCGUGGGAGUAUGUGUUCUUCCCUGGUAUGACGCAUGGGUUUGCGGCGAGGGGAGAUCCCAAUGAUCCUAAGCAGAGGGAGGCAUUCGAGAGGGCGAAGAGGAGCGCGGUAUCAUGGUUCGUUGAGUACCUGCACUGA